UUCACGUUAAUAAAAACAGCUAAUAGCAAUUAAUUCAUAGUUUUCUUAGAGCUGUUGGACAAGUCGGUUGGUUAAUUUAGUUGUAAUUUUUAUUCAAUAAACAAAAGCAACGAAUAUAAAUAAAAGGAAAAUGGUGCAAUUAAAUGAAAUUGACAUUGAUGGUGCUGAUAUGGUUGAUUCGCAAACGUCUCAAAACAUUUUGGAAGACAAGAGCAUUUUUCCUGUUUUCAAAUCUGGCCCUUUGAAAGUGUAUCGUGAAAAAUCCUCCUUCUGUCACAAACGUAUGAUUGUAUUGUUGGAGGGCGAGGAGCACAUACGUCUUAAGCAUCGUAUUUGGAAUUUCAUGGAAAAACAUGCCGACUUCCAACGUGAACCUGAAACACCAUCUCUGGAACGUCAACGGCAGUUGGCCAACAAGCGUCAACAUUUGAUGUACAGCCAACAGUUCUACGGUUUAAAUGAGUACAUUGCAACACCCCAUUUGUCUUUGGCCGUUGGCCAGGCUAUGUUCAGCUAUGAAUUUAGUUUUUCCGUUAAAUACUCCCUCUCGAACGGCAUGUUCCCCAGCACUAUUUUAACCUUGGGCACAGAACGUUUGAGUAAAUAUGCCGGCAAAAUUGCCCGUGGAGAAAUUGUAGGUGCUUUUGCUCUAACAGAAAUUGCUCAUGGUACAAAUGCUCGUGGUAUGCGUACUCGUGCCACUUAUGAUAAUAAAACUCAAGAAUUUAUCAUACAUACACCGGACUUUGAGGCUGCCAAAUGUUGGGUGGGUAAUUUGGGUAAGACUUGUACGCAUGCUGUGGUCUAUGCUCAGUUGUAUGUGCCCGAUGAUAAAUAUGUGGGUUUGAGUGCUUUCUUGGUGCCCAUAAGAGAUGAUCGUACAUUGUUGGCUUUUCCUGGUGUUACAGUGGGUGAUUUGGGUGAAAAGGUGGGCUUGAAUGGCAUUGAUAAUGGAUUUGUCAUGUUCAAUAAUUACCGCAUACCCAAAGAGAAUCUCUUGUCCAAGACUGGUGACAUCGAUGAACAGGGCAACUACAGCAGUCCCAUUAAGGAUAAUCGCAAACGUUUGGGUGCCUCUUUGGGUGCUUUAUCCUCAGGCCGUGUUAAUAUUUGCAAUUUAGGUUAUGUGGCCCUUAGCAAAGCCAUGGUUAUAGCCACACGUUAUUCGGCUGCCCGCCGUCAAUUCGGUCCUGACGAGACUGCCGAAGAAUGGCCUGUUAUUGAAUAUCAAUCCCAGCAAUAUCGCCUAUUCCCCCAUUUGGCCACCACCUAUGCCAUGCGCAUUUUCAGCAUGUGGUUGGGCAUCAAAAACGUUGAUAUGACCACACGCUCUAUGAUGGGUGAGGAUACCUCUGCCGUGGGCAUGGAAUUGCAUGCUCUCUCCUCGGCCGCUAAACCCAUUUGCACCUGGGCGGCCCGUGACGGUAUACAAGAAUGCCGUGAAGCCUGCGGUGGUCAUGGUUACUUGAAAUCGACCGGCAUUGGCGAUUUACGUAAUGACAAUGAUGCCAAUUGUACUUAUGAGGGUGAAAAUAACACUUUAAUACAACAGGCUUCCAAUUGGUUGGUUAGUUUGAGACGUGCCCGCUCUAAAUUUGAUGAUAUUUCCCCCUUGGAUUCGGUGACUUUCUUGAAGGAUAUGGAUCAGAUUUUGAAACAAAAGGGUGAAGAGAAAACACCACAGGAAGCCGCUUGUCCUCAUAGUUUACUUAAGGCUCUUAGCUGGCUGAUGGCCUACCAAUUGGAUGUAACUGUCAAACGUGUAGAUGCCCUUAAACGUCAAGGUCUUGAUGCCUUCGAGACCCGCAACAACAUGCAAGUCUUCAAUGCCCAACCCUUGGCUCUUAUCUAUGGCGAACGUACUAUCUAUUAUGUCUUCUAUAAAUUCGUGAUGAACUUGCCCCAGUCUAAUGAAAAGAAUGUUCUGCAGAAACUCUUGAGUAUGUAUGGUGCUCAUUUGGUUACAAAACAUGUGGGCAUUUUCUAUCAAGGUGGAUAUUUCCGUAAUAACGAACAAAUUGAGCUGUAUCAAAAGGCCAUAUUGGAUUUAUUGCCUGUAUUGAAGAAUGAGGCAAUUACUUUGGUGGAUGCCAUAGCACCCACAGAUUUUAUAUUGAAUUCUCCACUGGGCAUGAGUGAUGGCAAUAUCUACUUACAUUUACAACGUGCUGUUUUGUCGGCUCCUGGAGUCUUUGAACGUCCCGAUUGGUGGCGUGAAGUUACUUACAAGGAAUAUAUACCAAAGGCUAAAAUGUAAAAGAAACUUAUUAUAAACUAACUCACUUUUAUUCAUAAUGAAAUUUUUAUUAAAUCAAAGGUUUGUAAAACAAAUUUAGUAUGGAAUUUUUGUUUUAUAUAUAUAAAUCUUUGUUAGAAUAUUAAUUUCAUUAUGAAUAAUAAGUUAAAUCAAAAAACAUGAGCUAAUUAACACAAUUUUAUAAUUCAUUUUUUAAUUAAUUAAAUUAAAAGUUAUUUUAGUUCAUUUUCUAUUAAAACUAAUAUUUAUAAACAAAAUAUUAGUUUCAGCUUAUUUAACAUUGAUUUUUUCGUUAAAAAAUUUUGUUUCAAAUAAGUUUUAUUGUUAAAUUUUUUAUAUAAAUUUGCUUGUUAAGGAUUUGUCCAGUUUUUUUUUUCAUGUGUUUAUGAGCACAAUUUUAUAUUUUGUAUUUUUAAGAGGUGUUUGUGCAAAAUUUGUUUUAAAUUUUUAGUUGAUAAGUAUAUUUUUUAUUUAGUGUACAAAUACAAAACAAAACUUAGAAAUAAAACAAUUUUUUUACAAUUAUAA